AUGCAUCCUAUUGCCCUUACGCUGCCCUCUUUAGCCUUGUUUGCCAAGUCGAGUGCUGCUCAAUCGACCGACACGUGGGGAAUAUGGUUCUUUUCCGACGGCUGUGUGAAGAGCACCGACGGCUAUAGCGGCACCCCUGGCACGCAAGACGAGACCCUGACCUGCAUGACCGCAGAGACUCAGGACGCGGACGGCAAGGUCGUGCCCGGGCCUUACACCAACAUCGUGACCUCGAACUUUGAGAGCCUUGGCAUGAAAGCGACGCUAUGGAACGACACCGGGUGUACGGAGCUCAUUGUCACGAUUGACACGGACGGGUGUCAGGUUGUACCGGAGAACAACCACAUCCUAGGCUUCAACAUCGGGCCGAAGUAG